UGAUAUAUACUGUAUUAGUAUUAUUUCAGCAUAAUGACAGUCAAUUGUAAGUAGUGUACUGUAUGCUGUAUUGUGCUGAUAAUUCAGCACCACCCCUAUUACCAUAUUUGGAGAAUUUUUUCUUUUUAUGUGCUGGAUAAGUUAAGUCUUAAAUUAAACAAAAACAUAUUUUGUAAAUUAUGCAAAUAGCUAUGAAGGUACUGCAAUUCAAAAUGAAGAAAAUGCUUACCGGUAGUAAUUAAAAAUAAUACUGUACAGGUAUUAGCAACUAUUGGUUGCCGAGCCAGGUGCACCUCAUUUUCUAUAAUUAUGUACUUACGGCAACAAUCAACAGAAAUCGUGCAAGUUGCACUGUGAACCUCAAUGUUGCAGGUUGCCCAUCACUGCUGAAACCCUGUAGAGGGCAAGGUUUUCUCUUAGUUGAAUAAAGUUGUCUGGCAUUAGCCAGAAUAAAAUAUUUAAGUGUGCCACUGCCCUCUAAAGGGUUAAUCUUAAAUGGUGUACAGUCACAAUCCAAAGUUUCUUUAUCCCCCCUGGCUGGAGGGAAGGCGAAGCCAAGGUUGAAGAAAGGCCAGGCGUAUGGACAUACACUCGUUUGGUAGUUUGGUGAUGAGGCACGAUGAUGUUGAGGCUCACACACCAGCACCUCAACACAGUCACUCAGGCAAAACACACAAGCACAGGUGAAGUGCCCUUGUAUGAUCAACCACUGGAGAUGAGUGGCAAACGUGACCGCAAGAAGGUGGAAAGGUUUGUACAGGAGACAAAAAAAGAGGAUGUGGAGUCCACAGGAACUGGAACGGCACUUGGAGAUAUUCCCUUUAUUGAAGCCAUGAUCAUGAAAAUGUCUACAGAUGAACUUAAAGUAUUACACAGAGUUGCGUACAGUCGUCCAGGGAGUGGUAGUGAAAUAAAGAAGAAUCUUCGCAAAUUUAACGGAUUCCCUUUCAAUAAAGAGGACAAAAAAUACCAAAGCAAAUUAAGUACUGUGGAGAGAAUAUUAAUGUCCGAGCUCAAGAAGAUGCUGAUGAUCUUAGGGUUGGAGCGAUCCGGUAAUAAGGGAGAGGUAGUUGAGAGAUUAAUGGCAUUCAUGCUGGAACCACAAGACACAGGGAAAAGACCACCAAAAACUGUAAAGAAAGGUAAAGGGAAAGGAAGACCAAGGAAAGGCCAAGAAAAAAAGAGAGAAAACAAUACUUCUAUGAAUGAUUCUGGGACUGGAGGAAGCGACAGUAACGAAUCUGAAUCAGAAGAACAAGAUAGUGAAGAGGAGGGAGAAAAGCCCAGGAAGACUCUAGGAAGAAAACCACAAUCCAAGAAGACCCCAGCCAAGAGGGCAGCAUCAACUAAGAAAGCCACACCCUCCAGGCGAUCUAAAGUUGCAGACUCGGAUGAUUCAGAUUCGGAUGAUGAACCAUUAGCUAAGAAAGCCAAACAACCUCCCUCAGUUAGUGAUUUAGUUCAAGAUGCUGAACUUAAAGCUAUGGUUAAGAAAAUUUUAGAAGGUGCCAACUUGGAGGAAGUUACUAUGAAGAGUGUUUGUCGGCAAGUGUAUGAUAAUUACCCAGAAUUUGACCUUACACACAAGAAAGUCUUCAUUAAGGAAACUGUGAAAUCUAUAAUAUCGUGAUUGGUCAGCGUUACCAGCAUUAAGUAUAGUACAAAUUGUUCAUAUAAUGCUUUUUUUAUUGUAGAUUCCAGAAAAUUAUGAAAUCCUUUACCAAUAGGAGUUAAAUUGUUUUCCAAAGACCCCAUCAGUUACAUAAUGUUGUGUAGUUCUUGAUAGUGUUAAUGGCACUUGCUUUUUUUUCCCCUAUUGUUUUAUUUAGUUUUUAUUUAUUUAUUUAUUUUUAUUUUUUAUUUUUAUUUUUUUUUAAGUAUUGUACACCCACUCCUCGUUUUACACGCAUUUGAUUUAAGCGUUUUUGGAAUAACGCGUUUGUUCAAUUAAUACCAGUUCCUACUUUGCACACAACUAUUUUUUUAAAUAAUGCGGUUUAAAUUUGCUGCGUAUUUGCUUUUAAAUUUGUCGCGUAUUCGCCUGGCAGCUGAGUCGCAUAUGAUGGUUGGUGAGGUGCUUGUUAGUAUUACUGUAAAGUCAGUCAUAUCAACAUCAACGAUUUUAACAUUAUUAAUAAUAAUAAUAAUCAUUAUUAUAAUAAUAAUAAUCAUUAUUAUAAUAAUGUAAUAAUAGAUUAUUGCUUCUAAUGAUGAUGAAGAUAAUGAAGUACUGUACAACAACUGUGACAGCGUCCAGCAGUUUAGUGUUUACAUCAAGCUUCCUUCUUACCGCUUUCUUAGUUCUUUUCAGCACUACUUGUUUGUGUGUUUAUCACGUAUCUUUUAGUGUUAAACACUGUUUUCCCCAUCGAGCAUGUCUGGAAAACAUCCAUCUGCCUCCUCUGGUGAGCCUAAAACUAAAAAGGCAAGAAAAACAAUCGCAAUGGACAUCAAGUUAGAUGUGAUCACUUGCCCGUACCCCCGCCUCAGUAGCCUCCUUCCUCAACCCUCCCCUACCCCACCUUUGUCAAGCAGAAAUCGCCAGUCAUCAAUGUAAGAGUUAUUUAAGAUGUAUUUACGAUUGUUUUUCUUUAUUAACUGUUUUUCUUUAUGAAUGACAAAGGUAAAAGAAUAUUUAUUGAGUUACCCUGUACGGUAGUAUAUGAUGGUUUCCCUAACCUGUAUCAUUUACAUGUAUUCUUAUGGGAAAAAUGGGUUUAAUUUACGUGUUUUUGAACUAAGCGGUGAUUUUCAAGAACCUAACCCCCACGUAAAAUGAGAGGUGGGUGUACUGUAAUUAAAUUGGCACAAAUUCUCUUUUGAGUGUACUGUAUAUUCAAAGUUUUUUCUUUAAGCUUAACCCAUGGAUGAGUUACAGUCUUACAUUGUCACUCAUGGUGUAAUAGUUUUCAGAGACAAGGUUUAUCAUGUUUCAAAGAGUUAAAAACUUUGAUGUCGUAUGAAAUAUUAAAUUUAAUGUCUAAAUCACAGCACAGCAUAGCAUCUUGGCAAUAUUUCUUAGUUAAGCUAAAAUGAAAUAAACUAAAACAGCUGGUUACUAUGGAAGUGUUGUUAUAUGUAUGACUGACAGUAAUCUGGCUCAUUGCUAUGUGGCUUACUCUUUUGGGUACAAAAUAUAUUUCAUAUUUUUACUAUUCCAGAAAAGACACUUGGGUUUAGAAAUACUAUUCUGAUAAGAUAUUUUUACUUGGCAGUGGUAUACUAUUCUGGUUAAAAACUCCACCAACUUCUUGCACAUUCACCAGUUUACUGGUCAAUUAUGUGUGAGAAUUUUUUUUGUGAGGAAAGAGUUCAGUAUUGAGUAUAACAACCUGACAUUGGCGGUUCAUCUACUUGGAGUAAUGGUACUGUAUUGCCCAGUGAGUAAAAUUCAAGCAGAUCUUUUGAAUAUUGCUUGAAAUUUUAUUUUGCUAGUAACCUACUUUCUUAAAAAGAGUACUGUACUGUACACUGUUUAACCUGGUACUCCGAGUCAUUUGAAAAUUAAUAUUUGGAUUUAAUUGUUUCCAAUUAAUAGAGUAUUUUAUCCUUGAAAUUUAUUGCCAAUUUUGGUGUAUGCAUUACUUGUAUAUCUUCUUAGUGUACUCAUAGUGAAUCAAUUGUCCCAGAGGUUUCAUUUGUGCCAUUAUUUUUUUUCCUCAUCUUUAUCAUGAAAUUUUCUACUGUAUCCCUUUUUAAUCCAUCUCAUCACUGAAUUGGUUAUUUUGUUUUACUGAAUUUUAUCAUGUCAAAUGUAAAUGAGAAAAGUUCUUGUACAUGUUACUGAAUGUACCUAGACUAUUUGUAGAAUAUAUAUAUAUAUAUAUAUAUUUUUUUUUUGUGUGUCCUUGCAAUGCUGAAUUGUUCUUUAUAAGUAGGUGUAAUUAAUAACAACCCACUUAUGCUCUUUACAAACAAAACAAAUAGACUUAAUUGAGAUGUUGGGGAUUAUGUGGGUAGAUAAAUAAAUAAAUAUGUACCUGUUGAAUACAUCGUAAAUAAUUUUAAUUGACUUACUGCGGCUCUGAAAAUUCUCGCAAAUGUUUUUCAAGUGCUUAUUCCAAUAGUCAUGGGGUUGAGCUAAUGACUUUGUUAUUACUGUUUUAGGAUGCACCUGAAAACUACCUCUUAAAAUUACUGAGAGAGUCCAUACUAAUUGGUUGUACUGACUACACGACUCGUUGCUCCAUGGGCAAUUCCCAUACAGUAUACAGUACAUUAGAAUAAGAGGUUAUUAUUUGGAGCUUGAGUACUUGCAGUUACAAAUGCUGUGACAACAUGUAAGUGUAGUAUUGUUUGGGAUAAAUUUCCUGAUCCUAUGACAUUAAAGGGAAUUUUGUAACCUGAUGUUAAUUAUUCACUUGGUUCAAGUUUGAGACUAGCAGACAUUUUACCUAUCCCAUUUUUUACAAGACAAGAGCAUACAGAUUGUAAGAUUAUUCUAAUAAAAUAAGUUUUAGUUAU